AUGGCCCCACAUGACCCCAAUCGCGUCGCUAGCAUCAUGCUCUCAUGGCACUCGCUCGACCUCAUCUCAUGCACCAACCUACAGACUCUGUGGGCCGGUUACGGACAAAUAUGUGCUAUCACAGCGCGGGCAACCACCACCAAAGCAGCCGAACAUCUCAAGCUGUGCGGGGUAGAACCAGGCGACGCGGGGACGACAUACCCGCUCAUCCUGAAGCUCAUCUCACCGCCCCAAAAAGACGCCAGCACUGCCGAUGAGGGCCACCUACGAAAAAUGCUGAGCUACGAGAUAGAGCAGUACUUCUAUAGCGAAGUAGUCCCGCAGCUAGGCUCCGACAUAGGCAUAGCGAAAUGUGUUGCCUCGACGCGCGACAUGGACGCGACGGACUCGUCGGAUCUCAGAGGUCUUAUGGCUACGAUCAUGGUAGAUCUUCGUCCUGAAUUUCCCGUCGCGGGCGGGAAGAGGGGUACGCUGAAUCGCGCACAAGUCCGCGCCGCGCUCGACUGGCUAUCUGGUUUCCACAGCCGCUCACGAGGUCUGCUGCCGCCUAGUCUUGAUGAAUAUGUCCUGCCGCCACUUGAAGAAUCCAGUAGAAGACAGAGUUCAGGCAAGGAUGUUGGCAGGGGACUGUGGCUGAAUGGGGGAUACUCGUACCUCGCGACCCGACGUAAGGAAUACGCAUCUCUUGCGCAGGACACGGACUCGGAGUGGUCAGAUGCCCUAUGUAGGAUUUCGGAAGGGUGUCCACUGUCCGUGGCGGAGAUGGUUGCGUUGUUCUUAACGCCCUGUGGAAGGGCGAUUGAGUCGUAUAUUCACGGUGAUGUCAAGUCGGAUAAUCUCUUCACAACGACUUCUGGAGACAGGGUGGCAUUCUUUGAUUUCCAGUACGUCGGGCUCGGUCUGGGAGUCUGUGACCUUGCCAAACUGCUUACCUGCUCGGUUCCGCUUUAUAUGCUGGUUGAUGACAAUGGGAGUGUGCCCGAGCAGCUGUCGAUGCGUGAUGGUGAGAGGGGACUGCUAGAGCAGUAUCGUAUGAGUCUCCUCCAGGAUGAGGAAUCGGAGGAAUCGGAGCUAUACGAAUGGGAAGCCUUCAAACGACACUGGGAGACGGCUUUGGUUGACUGGUGUAGAUUCCAGGCUUCGUGGGGCUUUUGGGGAAAUACAGAGUGGCUCGAGGCCCGUGUAAGGUCAAUCUUGAAUGAUCAGGAGUGGAGAGACUGGCUGUAUCAGAAUAUCCGCAGUCGAAUGUAG